AUGAGUUUGGCGGACACGGAUUGCUCGGAGGAAGGUCCGGUGAUUCUUGAGCCUCCAGAUCUUGAUAUCAUUAAAAUUUAUCCUACUUGUCGUUACCAUAGGUAUAAGGAAGUAAUUGGCAAAGGAGCUUUCAAGACUAUUGACGAUGUAUUACAAUCACCGGGCGACCUAGAAAGGCUGUAUUCAGAAGUGCAUCGAUCGAUUUGGAUUUUAUGUUCACUCUUUUUUUGUUUUCCAAGUUCUUCAGGAUUAAUCUAUGGGCUUCUAACUUCCUUCGUCGUCAGCAAUAGAAAGAUUAUUUUGCUGCAAGUAUGUCUGAGAUUUGAAGCUGAAAAAUACUGGAAACCGAGUCCAUCCCAUGCCUUAUACAGAUUCAUUUAUUCCACACUAUGA